AUGCUUUAAAAGAGAUCCAUAAACCAAAUUCACCGCUGCAGAACUCUAUAGAACCUCAGAUCUUCAUUGGCAUACUCCACCUGUAAUAUUCAACAAAUAUAUUUGGCUGUCAGUUAUACUCAAGAUGUUCAUAGAUGAGCGGAUUGUAACUCUAUUCAAGCGAAAUGCCCAUCACACGCUGACUUAUUGGAGCGUUUUCUUCAGCUUUGGACUCUGCAUUGCUUUUCUUGGACCUACAAUUUUGGACUUGCAAUGUCAAACAAACUCAACACUUAGUCAGAUUACCUGGGUGUUCUUUGCUCAGCAGUUCUGCUUAUUGAUUGGCAGUUCUAUUGGUGGGAUUUUCAAGAGAACGUUAUUCAGUGCUCUAGCUGCACUAUUUGUCUCAGCUCUUCUCAUCUCUGUAAUAUUCGCCAUCAUCCCUGUAUGCAAUAAUGUCCUUGUACUGGCUAUUGCCAUGGCUGUUUCUGGUUUUGCAAUGGGUAUUAUCGACACCAUUGCAAACAUUCAACUGGUGACCAUCUAUCAAAGGGAUUCAGCUAUUUUCUUACAGGCUCUGCACUUCUUCAUUGGGUUCGGUGCCCUGGUGAGCCCACUGAUUGCAGAUCCUUUCCUCUCCGAAACAGGCUGUGGGAAUCAUACGGGGAAUGAGACCGAGAUCAUGCAUCAUUUCAGGAGCAUGCUGAGACACAGUCCGAUUAUGGAGCACAACACAACUCAGAGCCACCUGCCACAUGAUGGAGGGGAGAAAGAGGAGCCCAUUGUGCAGUACGCUUUCUGGAUCAUGGCACUUAUUAAUCUUCCUGUGCCCAUUGCUGUGCUAUAUCUCAUGUAUCGGGAGAAGUUACUCCCUUGCUGCCCUGGCAGCACUCCACGUCUUUUAGACAAGGAUGAACUAGCAAUGGAGACCCAGCAGGGGGCUGGGGGCCCGGACCUGGAGCAGAAGGAACAUGAAGCCGGAGGUCAUGGGAGUAUCUUCAGCUGCUGUCAGAAUGAUAACUUGCGAGGAUUGCCAGUAUCCUUCUUUAUGAUUCAUAUCCUUGGAGGGAUGGUGCUCUUUAUGACCGAUGGCAUUGUGGGAGCAUAUGCCGGCUUUGUUUAUACCUACGCAGUGGCUCCACCGAUGUCAUUGCCGAACAAGACGGCCGGUUACCUGGCUAGUAUUUUUUGGGCAGCAAUCACUGCUGGACGACUCUUGUCUAUUCCUCUUUCAUAUCGUUUCCAACCAGUGAGACUACUGAUGUUCAACCUGGCAGGAGCUAUUGUUACAGUGUUGAUGUUGCUCAUUUUCUACACCAGCAGCAUCUUUCUCUUUGUUGGAACCUGUUUAUGUGGACUUUUCCUGAGCAGUAUAUUCCCCUGUAUGCUUGCCUACACUGAAGAUAUUCUUGAUUACCAGGGAUGUGCCACCUCAGUCCUGGUGACAAGUGCAGGGAUGGGAGAGAUGGUGAUGCAGGUUCUAGUUGGUUCUAUCAUACAAACUGCGGGGAGCUACAGCUUUUUGCUGUGUGGAAUGAUAAUCGCCUGCAUCGGUUUUAUCCUCUUCAUUGGUCUCCUGCUGUUUCAUCGAAUGCACAGAAAUUACCUCACAGGAACAUCAAAGAAGUCAGCAAUGGUAGAGGAGCCAGCAGCAGAUCAGAAUGGGUCGGCCAAAACAGAGCAAACAGUGCACGAUAACACAAUCACCAUUUCAUAGUUCAGCUUUUUGAAAUGUUCCUUUGUUUUUUAUAUUAUUUUUUAGUCUUUGAAUCACAGGAGUGUCUACCUUUUUAACUUGACUGUUAUUAAUGCAAUAAAUAUUCAACGCUCAAAA